AUGGUUAAGAAGCUUGGGCUGACUACGGAGAAGCACCCAAAGCCAUAUAAGCUACAAUGGCUUAAUGAUGAUGGUGAGAUGAAGGUUAGUAUCCAAGUAAAGGUUCCUAUUGUCAUUGGGAAAUAUGAGGAUGAGGUUUUGUGCGAUGUUCUACCUAUGGAGGCAAGUCAUAUUCUUUUGGGAAGACCAUGGCAAUCUGACCGGAGAACAAGCCACGAUGGUUUCACCAACCGUGAGUUCAAAGGCAAGAAGAUCAUCUUAAUCUCGUUGACACCUCAUGAAGUUUAUCAAGAUCUGUUGAUUCUCAAGCAAAGGAAAGAAAUAAACACCAUGAGAGACCCCACAAACACCAUUCACCAAAAAGAGAGCGAGAGUUUGAGAAAAACCAAGUCAAAGGCCUAUGAGAGCAAACUCGUGAGGUAUUCAAAUUUCUUUGAUUUUGAGGACGUAUUCCCGGAGGACAAUCUGAAAGGCUUACCACCUAUACGUGGUAUUAAACACCAAAUAGACUUUGUUCCGGGUGCAUCACUUCCAAACCCACCAGCUUAUAGUACUAAUCUUGUGGAGACAUUGGAGCUGCAAAGACAAGUUAAUGAGCUCAUGGAGAAGGGACAUGUCAGAUAG